AUGUCCUUGGUCCACCCCUUGUUAAGCCCCGAGAGCGAGGUGUUCUCGACGCCGCCGACAAGUCCCAUGCCGCCUACAAAUGCAGAAUACGCAUCGUAUGGCGGGGUUGAUUAUUCUGGAUCCACCAAGCGCGGCGAUCGACCGGCAAAGCUCCUCCUGGAUCCGUCCAAGGCCAUCUCUCCAGCACUGGCGGCCAGUAUCCAACUCGAACAGACUCCAAAGGGCCUUAUUCCGUUUACUCAGUCGAUUCCAGACAUUAACGAACUCGCUCCCGCCCGCCCACUGUCACAGUCGCUGUCGAUGAGCGAGCAGGCCCUCAAGAGCCCGUGCUUUGUGCAUUCUCAGCUCGAAAAGGGAGCAUCCAUGACAGAAUGGCUCAAACGCACACAUCUUCAUGGUCCUGUGCACCCAUCAACGUCGACGAGCUCGCCGCACUCGGCCUCGGAUUUCAACGUCAGCCCGCCCAGCGUCAUGGGUGAAGACGAAGAGGACGAGGCAUUUAGCAGGAGUCUUACAAGACAGCUUGCAGAGACUGCCGUUGGACGAGCACGCGUGCAUUCCGAUCUCCAGAGCAUCCUCAUCGUCACCAAAGCACGCGACAAUCGCCUUAUCAAAUUGACGCGCGAACUUGCGCUCUAUCUCAUGCAAAAGAAGUGCUCAUCGUCCAAGAGACUCAUCGUAUACGUCGACGCUCAACUCCAAAUGUCAAAGCGAUUCGACGCCGAGGGCAUCCGACGCGAUUUCCCCGAGCUCUUUCUGCCCAUUCCCCGCCGCCGAGCGUCCAACUCGUCACUGCGAUCGGGACACACGUCGAGUGACACACAAAUGGAAACCGAAGAGGGUCAGCUUCGGUACUGGACGGCGGACAUGUGCUCUCGCAGCCCCCAUCUAUUCGACUUUGUGGUCACGCUUGGAGGCGAUGGCACCGUCCUGUUCACAUCAUGGCUGUUCCAGCGUAUUGUCCCGCCAGUGCUGUCAUUUGCCCUCGGAUCCCUGGGAUUCCUCACCAAUUUCGACUUUAAUGAUCACAAGGCCGUCAUGGAUGCCGCAAUUGAUUCUGGCAUUCGUGUCAAUCUCCGCAUGCGGUUUACGUGCACCGUCUACAGGGCCGUCGCUCCUGAGAACUGUACAAAGAAGCGCAAAGCGGUAAAAAAGGCAACAACUGGUGAGAUUCUCAUGAAGGAUCUCGAAAAGGGUGGUUGGGAAGCUGUCGAGAAUGGCGAUACUUCCACCGGGCCUCAAAGCAGAAAGGAUAAAGAAAUCAUGUGCUUUACGACGAGACCAGUGGAGAGCUUUGAAGUCAUCAACGACUUGGUUGUCGAUCGUGGCCCGAGUCCAUACGUCAGCCUUCUCGAACUCUUUGGUGACGAGCAUCAUAUGACGACAGUACAAGCAGAUGGGCUUGUCAUUGCCACGCCUACUGGCUCUACGGCAUACUCGCUCUCAGCUGGUGGCUCGCUCGUUCAUCCCGAGAUCCCCGCUCUCCUAAUCAGCCCCAUCUGCCCUCACACGCUAUCGUUCCGUCCAAUGCUCCUUCCGGAUACGAUGGAGCUGCGCAUCUGCGUCCCAGGACGUAUCGAGCUCAAGCAAGGUGACCACAUCAAGGUCACUGCGUCGAAAUAUCCGUUCCCAACUGUGUGUGCCGACAAGCAAAGCACAGACUGGUUCCAUGCCAUCUCGCGAACGCUCAAAUGGAAUGAGCGUGAGAGGCAGAAAAGCUUUGUCAUGGUCGAAGAGGGACCCGUUAAACCCAAGUCGACCGCUCCCCCAAAUAGUGACACGGCAAGCGAUGUAUUGGACGAGGAAGAUGAAGUCGACGACGAAGAAGAGGAGGAGAAAUAUGAUAUCGAUGACUCGUCAAACCCGGCGACAGCACCUGUUUCUGGUGCAAACACGCCUGCUCGCUCGCCCUCUCACGCGCAUCCCCAGUUUUCCAUGACAAAGAUUCUGGCAUCUGACGGUGCGCCUUCGAGUGACAUCGACCGUAACGAAGACGGGGACCGAGACAACAUUCAUUCUCCAAAGUCACUUCUCCAUGGCGCAAAGUCGAAGAUUCCCAAGGAUCGCGACGUGGAUUCGAUGCGUACCCCACGCGCACAGGAGCAUCCUUCCCGGUUUACGCCACCACAAACGCAUCUUUCGUUUACGCAGCGUCUGACAAGACCGUUCCAUCGCUCUCACCACCACCCGCCGGGCCACCGUCCAUCACGUUCCGUCGACUUUGAUCAACGCAGCCGCGCGUUUGCAGUCGUGGGACAGGACGAGAGCGAUAGCAACACCGACUCGGAGCACUGA